AUGGACCGUUUGCUUAGUGAUAAUGAAGAUGCUUUCAGACCAUUUAGCAAUAAGGGAUAUUUUGCAACUUUGCCGUCUGUUUCUGGGGACAUUCACUGCACUCUGGAGAGGAAGUUAGCCAAGUCCUAUUUCAUUGCAUCACUGGUGUUCCAGUCUUUUGAUUCUGCUCAGGCAAACCAGCCUGAGCAUGCAGAGAUCCUUUUAUUUAUUCUUGCCCUGCAUGAUGCUAGUGAUAUAUUCAUGGAAGCAGCUAAAGUUUUUAAAUACUCUGAGAAGGAGCUUGCUGCAAGUGUGUUUUUUGGAUUCUUUGCCGUUUCACGGCUCAUUCUGCGGCUAGUAUUCGUCCCUCUUUGGGUUAUAAAAGCAUCAAGCUACGAUAUUUGUGAGUUCUUGAAGUUAUCUGAGGCCUAUCCUACAUUACUGUACUAUGUUUUCAAUACAAUGUUGCUGAUGCUACUCGUGUUUCACAUAUACUGGUGGGUACUCAUAUGCUCAAUGAUCCAGAGACAGUUGAAAAACAGAGGAAAGGUUGGAGAAGAUAUAAGAUCUGAUUCCGAGGACGAUGAAUAA